ACAGUCAGUCAGCUUGAUACCAGACACCAAAAGGGAGGGUAGACAGCAAAGUCAUAGGAGGGGCAGAAACGUGCAAGCAGGCAUCCCAACCGAAGACAAAAGUCCGGCAGGUAAAGAGAAUAAGCAUCUUCCGAGCCCAUAAGGCAUCUCCUAGCAACUUGUUCUGUCUGCCAGACGUAUGCACCCUCUCCUGUUCUGUGUCUGCACACUCCUAACUCUCACUGCAGCAGCCACUCCAGCGAUUCCCACGGCCGUAGGAAGCCUCUACAGACGUCAGAAAUUACAAAUUCGGCUACCUCCAAUCACGGCUUACCCCCCGGGGGAAUCUUGGCCUGAUGCAACGCCGUGAUUCGAGGAAACCGGAUUCAUCAUUUUGGACCUGCAAAGACAGCUUGCGAGGGGCGGAGGAAGUGCUGGAGCGGCUGCCAGGAUUAAAAGAUCUUGCCUCUGUCCUUAGUCCCUUCGUUUUGUUGGGUCACGUAGGGAUAAAAAGAACUAUAAGGUGGUCUUCACUCAAGAGGAAUUACGGAAGAGACUUACACCACUGCAAUACCAUGUCACGCAAGAGAAGGGGACAGAGAGUGCCUUUGCUGGAGAGUACACACACAAUAAAGCAGAUGGAAUAUACAAAUGUGUUGUAUGCGGAACCCCUCUUUUCAAGUCUGAAAAAAAAUUUGAUUCCAACUCAGGUUGGCCCUCCUUCUAUGAUGCAAUCAGUCCCGAUGCAAUAUCGUUUACUGACGACUAUUCUUAUGGAAUGCACAGGGUAGAAACAAGCUGUAGUCAGUGUGGAGCACAUCUUGGACACAUUUUUGAUGAUGGACCUCCGCCCACUGGUAAAAGAUACUGUAUAAAUUCAGCAUCAAUGAACUUCCAUCAAGAUGACCCCAACAGUACUGGAGAAAGACAGGUGUCAGCUUCAUCUGAAAAAAAAGAACUUUAAAUAAAAACAUAGCUGGAGUGGU